AUGGAAAUAGAUGAGGAAAUUGAAAUUGAGCAUUUAGCAAGCUCUUGUUCACCUUUUGAGGACGAUUUCGAGCAAACAAUUGCGCUUCUCGAGAUGGACGUGGAUGAAGUUCAGAUUGAAGUUCAACAAGCGCUUGAAGAGGUAUGAAAUAUAAAGUUAAGACGAUGAUUUUUAUGCAUAUAUUACUGUAAACAUAGAUAUUUACCUAAUGAAUAUUUUCCUUUGAAUACAUUGUCUCUAGGUUGAAGGAAAGAAGCAGUUUCCUUGCAGAGUUUCAGUUUCUGUGAGAAAGUUUGCGCAGCAAAUCCAAAGGUAGCCAGACAUCAACGCAGUAUAAAACAUGUUGCAGAAUUCGGCGAGAGAUCUUCUACAUCUCAAACAGUGAUAUCAGCAGGAAAAAGUUGCCGAAUUAAUACGUGAUAUCGGUCGACACUUGCUUGGUUGAUGAAAAACUGUAUAAACUGUAUGCCCUACUUUAGUAUUUACUCUUUUUAACAUCAUCUUUUUAACAAACAUCUUGGAUAAAGAUAAUAUUUCGGUGCCACCAAAGGGCAGUCUCAGAGCCAAACAAGUGUAAUUAAAAUAUUUAAUCAUAGAUUCUUGUUUGAAUUUUAGGAAGAAUUGUUUUGUCACCUCAGGAGCUCCGACCAUUAUCAUAUUUGACUGGCUUUGUGACAAGAUCUUUAUACGAAAAACAAGAACUGUUCUAGAAGCAAUUCUUCCCGGAACAAAGAAAUCCAAGCCUUGA